AUGGCCUCAGAAGACUUUACCCAAGCCCCCAGACCUUCUGACUCUGUAAGAGGUUUAGCGCAGCAGGAGCAGGAGGAUCGAUCAACGAUGAUUAUGAAGAAGGAAGAGACGGCGAUUGUUCUGUCGCUUCUCAAAUCGGAUCUCCGGCCAAUCGAAGACGUUCUAUCGGAAUUCAACUCCAAGUUCUCACGCCCUCGUCACUUCAUUGAUCUGAUGGUACUCCGGGGUACUGACCGUCUAAUUGCAUUUGCUAUCAUAUACCAUUGUUAUUCUUCCCAGAAACCAUCUGUCAACCCUUUCGUAUCUGACAUGAUAAAUGCUGCUUGUAAUGAGCAACUGGAGAUGAGUGAGAGAGCAUUUCUUCUCCACCUUUUACAAUGGAAUAGCUACAAUAACGCUAACGAGAUUCUCAAACAGUCGGCUGUUGAUUAUACGAAAUCGUUUGAUCCUUCAACUCACGAUUUUCCGGAGCUAGGAGAGCUGCAACGAGAGUAUGGUGUCAAAGCUGAUCCUGGACCAUCUAGUCACAUUUUUGCAGAAUACUCCCUUAAUAAGCUAUUGCAUGAUCCUGAUGUUCCUCGUGGGUGUGAUCCGAACUCUCCAGAGUUUGAUGUGCAAGCUGGAGGGAAUUUCAAAAUUGGAUCUGGUGAUAGAGAUGAGGCCAUAUCUGGAAUAUUGAGCAAUUUGACGAUUGGGGGAUUUGGUCCUCGAUGGAUCCGUCCUUUUCCUCCGAGGUACCCGGUUCAUCAGAGUGAGUUGCUUUGGAUUGAUCCUGAUAACAAGCAUGAGCUUGUUUGGGAUGAUAAAAUGUGUGCUGAUACUAGCAGAGGUGCAACAGUUAGAGACUUGCUUGUUAAGGGUUUAAAGGUGACACUUUCACCUACGGAGCAAGAGGUUAUCACUACGGAAUUGGCAAAUGACCCAAAGCUUGUGUAUCACUGUGGGAUAACUCCACGGAAGCUGCCGCAAUUAGUAGAGCACAAUCCUCAAAUAGCAGUUGAGAUUCUCACCAAGUUGAUUAACUCCCCAGAGAUUGCUGACUAUUUUACAGCUCUUGUAAGUAUGGACAUGAGCCUGCACUCAAUGGAAGUUGUGAAUAGGCUCACAACUGCAGUUGAGCUUCCCAAGGAAUUUAUACGCGUUUACAUCACUAAUUGUAUAUCAUCUUGCGAGAACGCCAAGCAGCAAGACAAAUACAUGCAGAAUAGGCUUGUACGGCUUGUUUGCGUUUUCUUACAAAGUUUAAUUCGGAACAACAUCAUCGACGUGAAGGAUCUAUUCAUAGAAGUUCAAGCUUUCUGCAUUGAGUUUUCGCGGAUUCGAGAAGCAGCUGGUCUCUUCAGGCUUUUGAAAUCAUUGGAAUGA